GUACUCAUGCAGUCUUCGGGGUCAUCACUCCUACGUUUUGAGGCGUAACUGUGGUCACGUUGCACGCUGGGAAGUGUAGUUCCUCGGUGACCAAGCACCCUUCCCCUUUGAGGCCCAGCCGCUGCAGUAAAGCUGGCGGACUGAUCGCGCUCGAAUGCCGGUUCCUAACGGUCCACCGGAAGCGUAAUCUGGCUCGGACGGCCUCUGGAGACGCGCCUGGAUUCGGGGUCCGCGGUGAAUGUGGCUCGCAUUCUAGGCCUUACCGGGUUGGGAAGAGUCUAUGUUAGCAAGUAUCACACCAUGCUUUUGCCACGUUUCUGAUUAAAGAUUGCCGUUCCUGCAUAAGCAUUUCCCUGUUAAAAUGUCCUUGCCUCUUACAGAGGAGCAGAGGAAAAAGAUUGAAGUGAAUCGACAAAAGGCUCUGGCCCGUAGAGCCGAGAAAUUAUUAGAACAGCAUCAGAACGCCGGCUCAGGCUCCUCCAUUACUACCCACCCUUCCCAGUCCAAGCCAGGCGCUUUCCAAAAUCUGCCCAGGGAUCCUUCUAAGCCAGUGAGCCAUGGUGUCAUUUUCAAGCAACAGAAUCCCAGUAGUUCAUCUCCUGGUGACCAAAGACCUCAUAAUCCCCACAGUGUUCAUGUUAGUACUUCAGAGCAGGCAGAAGGGAUGUGGAAGAGGCAAGAAGAGAUGUCCACAGCCUGCCCACACCACAGCCCACCAAGUCAAAUGCCUCUCACUGGGAUCUCCCCGCCAUUGGCACAAAGUCCUCCAGGAGUUUCCAUCCCGCAGCUCUCAGGUUAUGAGUUAGGUCAGAGUCAUCCUCAGGCUUCACACGGGACCAAAUCGACACCCUUUGCUAACACAACUCAUGAGUCUUUGGCCAAAGCAAAGAGUUCCCAGGAUACACCAGCUUCUUCCUCUGGACAGCUUCCCAAGGAUCCUGAAUUAGAGACCACGGCCGCGAAACCCUCCACUUCCGGGCAGAACAUUUCUGAUGUCCAUUAUGGCUCAGGGCAAGUGACGCCCAGAACAGAGGGAAGACUCCAACAGAAAUUGGGGGCCUCACUCCCCAAAGCAGUAAGCUCCCAGGAGGGAAUAUGUGUCAGGAAUGGAGACCGUUUCCAGGUGCAGAUUGGAUACAAUGCAGAGCUUAUUGCUGUGUUUAAGAGUCUGCCCAGCAGAAGAUUCGAUCCUGCCACCAAGACGUGGAACUUCAGCAUGAACGACUACAGUGCCCUGAUGAGAGCAGCCCAGCGCCUCCGCACGGUCGCCCUGCAGCCUUUGGAAGGGGCCAGCAGUGUGGCGCAGACCAGCCUGCCUUCAGCCUCCUCCCUUAGGUUUGUCAAAGGGCAGUGCAUGCUCAUCUCCCGGGCCCGCUUCGAAGCCGACAUCAACUAUUCAGAAGAGCUGAUCACACUGUUUAAACAGAUGGAUUCCGGAAAUUACGACGUCAAGACCAGGAAAUGGAACUUUCUCUUGGAAGACCACAAUAAACUAAUUGAAAGGGCACGCUGCCUUCCACAAGUUCAGCUGAGUCCUCUGCCCAAGACACUGACCCUGGCUUUCGCUUCUCAGAUGGAGAAGACGUCUCUCUGUCCCACGGCAGACAUCCCUGAGGCAGACCUCUCCAGAGUGGACCCCAAACUCGUGUCUAGUCUGCUGCCCUUUCAGAGAGCUGGAGUCAAUUUUGCCAUAGCAAAAGGAGGCCGCCUGCUACUCGCUGAUGACAUGGGCCUGGGGAAGACGGUCCAGGCCAUCUGUAUCGCCGCCUUCUACCGGAAGGAGUGGCCGCUGCUGGUGGUGGUGCCAUCGUCUGUGCGUUUCACCUGGGAGCAGGCCUUCCUUCAGUGGCUGCCGUCCCUGAGCCCAGACCAAAUCAAUGUCGUGGUGACCGGCAAGGACCGCCUGACCACUGGCUUAGUCAACAUUGUCAGUUUUGACCUUCUGAGCAAGUUGGAAAAACAGCUAAAAACCCCUUUUAAAGUUGUCAUCGUAGAUGAAUCUCACUUCCUCAAAAACAUUAAGACUGCUCGCUGUCGCGCAGCUAUGCCCCUCCUCAAGGUUGCCAAGCGGGUGAUCUUACUGUCGGGCACUCCAGCCAUGUCGCGGCCAUCAGAGCUCUACACUCAGGUCAUCGCCGUCAAGCCAACCUUCUUCCCUCAGUUCCACAGCUUUGGACUUCGCUACUGUGAUGCCAAGCGGCAUGCCUGGGGAUGGGAUUAUUCAGGCUCCUCCAACCUGGGAGAGCUGAAGCUCCUGCUGGAGGAGGCGGUCAUGCUGCGACGCCUCAAAUCUGAUGUCCUGUCCCAGCUCCCAGCCAAACAGCGCAAGAUGGUGGUGGUCAUCCCAGGUCGGAUCAGUGCCAAGCUCAGAGCAUCCCUGGAUGUCGCCGCCAAGGAAAUGACCACCAAGAACCAAUCUAAAGGACAGCAGAGAGAAGCCCUCCUUCUGUUCUUCAACAGAACAGCCGAAGCUAAAAUCCCAUCUGUCAUUGAAUAUAUCCUGGACCUGCUGGAAAGUGGAAAAGAGAAGUUUCUAGUGUUUGCCCACCAUAAGAUGGUUCUGGAUGCAAUUACCAAUGAGCUUGAGAGAAAGAAGGUACAGUACAUCCGCAUCGAUGGCUCCACGUCCUCGGCAGACCGAGAGAGUCUGUGCCAGCAGUUCCAGCUGUCCGAGAGGCAUGCUGUGGCCGUGCUGUCCAUCACCGCUGCCAACAUGGGCCUCACCUUCUCCUCGGCCAACCUGGUGGUGUUCGCCGAGCUGUUCUGGAACCCAGGGGUACGGGACGCAUGGCCAUGGGGAGGACGGAGCUGGUGUCAGUGGGGAAGACAGGGCUCUGUGAGCUGUCCCUGCUGCCAGUCUCAUCUCCUGUCUGUUUCCAUUAGCCCUCGUAAACAGGUGCUGAUGCAGGCUGAGGACCGGGUGCAUCGCAUUGGGCAGUUGAGCUCCGUGGGCAUCCACUACCUCGUGGCGAGAGGCACGGCUGACGACUACAUUUGGCCCCUGAUUCAAGAGAAGAUGAAAGUUCUGGGUGAAGCCGGGGUUUCCGAGGGCAAUUUUUCAGAAAUGACAGAAACCACUGAUUACGUACACAAGGACCCAAAGCAGCAGGCGAUCUAUGACCUAUUCCAGAAGUCCUUUGAGGAAGAUGGAAACGACAAGUUGUUCCUCGAGGCCGCGGAGUCCUUUGACCCCGGAAGUGCUUCGGAAACAUCAGGAAGUAGUUCCCAGGACGCAGAAGACCCGCUGGACGAAAGCACACUGACAGGCAGUCCCCUGAAGAAAAGGAGAUUUGAAUUUUUUGAUAACUGGGACAGCUUUACCUCUCCCCUGUAAGAGGGGCAAAAAAAGCAUUUGAAAAUCACGGAAUUCAUUAAAAUAAACGAAGACAUUUUGUUUAUAAAGCCUGUGCUCCUCUUGGCAUUACUGGGGUGCUGGUCUCUGUCUCCAUCCGUAGCAAGUGACUAGGCCAAGGAUCAGCAUUUGCUUUCCAACCUCGUUAUGUGUGGGUUUGCUUGGGUCCUUGUUAGCAGACAGUAGGUUGUAGUAGUAGUAAUUCAUGUUCUUUAAAUAGUGAGAUGCUUCCCCAAAAUACGGACUUUUAGAAUGUAUUGAUUCAACAAAUACGUACCAGGCACUGUUCUAGGUGCUGGCAGUAACUCGCCAAAACACAAGAAAAAGUAUGCACCUCUGCAGAGGUUAUCAUGUCAUGGGAGAGGCAAUAGUUAGUUACAUAUCCUAAGAAGAAAAAUUUAAAAGUAAGGGUUUAGAGCAGGGGUUUCUUUUUCUGUGCAUAGCCAGAUAGUAAAAAUUUUGGCUUUAAGGGCCAAGAGAGCUCUGUUGGAACUACUCGACUCUGCUGCUGUUAUGCCAGAUCACCCAUAGAUAAUCCGGAAACAUAUGAUUACGGCUCUUUUCCAAUAACACUGUUAUGGACACUGAAAUUUGAAUUUCGUAUAAUUUCUAUGUGUUGCAAAUUAUUAUUCUUUUGAUUUAUUUUCAAUCAUUUAAAAAUGUAAAAACCAUAUUUAACUCUCAGGCCAUACAAAAACAGGCAGUGGGCAGGGUUUGGCCUGCAGAGCACAAUUGGCUUACCCCUGGUUUGCAGCAGCACUGUCCAGUAACAUAAGCCCCAUAUGUGAUUUUAAUUUUCUAGUAAAUUAUUUUUAAAGAUAAAGAGGGAUCAAAUAUGUAAUAUUUAACCCAAUAUAUUCAAAAUAUUGUCUUUUCAAUGUAUAAUCACUACUAAAAAGUCACUGAGAAACUUUACAUUAUUUUUUUUUUAUACUUCAAAAUCCAGUGUGUAUUUGACACUAAUAGAUACUCACCUGCUGCUCACUCAACCCCCCUCAGGGUGUCCAGAGACGUUUGGGUACAGCUUUUCCACUGGAGCUUGGUCAGGUUCUUUAAAUGGCUUAGAGAAUGAGAUCAUAGGAUCUCAUUCCUUACUUCUAUUAAUAGUUCCCCCUUACUCCAGGAAUGUAGCUAGGCAAUCUAUGACCUAUUUAUAGAUCAAUGGGUUUGCUUCAAAAGUAAAAGUGAAGUGUGUAGAUGAUUUUGAAACACACAUACCCAUUGUUGCUUAGGAGACUCACUGAUGGUUGUUAAAUGAACAAAUCCUGGCCGUAUUCACCUCGGAGCCUGACAUACAGAAUGGCCCUUGUGAUACUGCAAAGUGCCAGAUCAGUGCCUGUCAUUGGAGAGUUUGCCCUUUGUUCUUGCAAUUUGGUGCUUGUAUUUGAAACCACUAUUUAUUCCUCUGUGGUUUUAGUAAAUGUGGCCUGUUGAGCCUGCAUCUGAGGCCUCUAAUUGAACCUCAGUUUCAGCUGCUCUGGAGAAAAACUCUUCUCUGAGAUAUCCCUGAGGUCCUCCAAAGUAAAUUUUAUUUAUACCUUGUAGCCUAUAUAUUUUCAACUAUACCAUCUGAAAUGUACCUCUGAAAUUUAUAGAGAGCCAUCCGGCCAUUUCUGUGAUUCAGUAAAAGACACUUGGAUUUAUUUAUAUAGAGAGUGGAUACCUUUGGGUUUAAGGAAGGAUUUCCACACUAACUCCUUUUCCUCCUGUACUUGGCAGCUCGAUCCAGACAUAUACACCCCAGCAGCCAGCAUGUUUUCUGGAAAUGUCAAUUAGAAUGAAGAAAAUUUGAGCCCAUCUCAUUCUACUCCUGUCCCUGUCAUCAAUUAUCCCCAUAAAGGGGAUAAUUUUUUACUAAAAGUCUCCCCAGGUCCACUCACACUGUCUCUGCUUCCCCUUACCAGGGUCAUUAAGUGGAGUCUUGUACCCUGAGUGACCCUGGUUAAUUUCUGUCCCUGGGGCCAGCGUAAGGAAGACCCUGUUAGCUUUGAUCCACUUGUGCUUGAAUUAAUUGUGUCUUCUUGGCUUCGCACAAGCGUUUUUCUAGGCCAGAGGGAGAGCUGAGAAUCAGAGCUGGAGGUGCUGUCCCCUCACCGCCGGCUAAGUUUUGCCUUCUCUGUGCAUUCUUGUCUAUUGAACCUUGAUGCUUUCUGAAGCUUUAUUUAGGUGAAAUUUAAACUGAAAAGAGGAUAAAAAGACGUCUAACCUUAUUUUUUACCCCAUGGUUUCACUUCUUACCAAGUUCAAGAUUAUAAGGUAAAACAUGGCUUGGAAGCUUAAAGGGGUUUCGUUGGAGUAGUCUCUCAUCCUUAUGCUUUAUUUUGGUUGUGCGUUUUCUUGCGGGGGUCUCAGCAAAGGAAUUGAUGCCUAAUCAUAGUGGAAAUCAUUGAGAGGCCUGUGAUGCACAGUCUUUUGGGUAUUAUGACAGCCAACAGUUACUUGAUUUUGUAAGACUCUCUGCCACAUUCCCCCCCGACCCAUUAAACAGAUUUUAAAAAUUGAGUACCAGGUACUCCUCCUCUGUUCUUAAUCCCUCUGUUUGGGGAUGAAAUAUAAUACAUAAAAAGUUCAUAAAACAAAUUUAGAGCUUUACAAAAUAUUACAAAAUAAACACCUGUAUAAUCAUGACCCCAAGGUUAUGAAUGUAAUAUCUUCAAGAAGCUUUAUUGUUGUGCUUCUAAUGUUUAUAUCUGCAUUCCAUCUGGAGGUUAUUUUUGUACAUGAGGUGAGGUAAGGUCAAGGUUAAUUUUUUUUUCCAUAUGAAUAUGCAGUUAUCUCAGCACCGCUUAUUGAAAAGAAUUUCCCUUCACAUACUGCUCUGCAGUGCCUUUUUCACUGUUAUAAAUUUGAUGUAAAAAUUAACUUAGAAAUGUAUAAAUAAAAAAUGAAAGUCUUACAUUCUCAUCCCUCCUACUCGUGGCCCUACUUCCUAGAC